CAUUUUUUCCCUCUUUGCGCUGCGGAACAUUUCCAUAGCCCUUCUGAAGCAUCGCUAUUUCUCUUUCUCUGCGUGCAAUUUGAGACGGUCUCUUUUCUUCCAUCUCUGCAUUUGACACAUUCUCAAGAUGACUGCCGAAGUCGCUGCCCGGAAAUGCAUCGGUGUGGAUUGCGAUAAGAAUGCCGGAACGCUACAGUGUCCGACUUGCCUUAAACAAGGGACGGAUAGCUUCUUCUGCUCGCAGGACUGUUUCAAGAAGAGCUGGAGCGAACACAAGACGAUUCACAAGAAGAGUAAUUUCCUGAGCAACCUCUUUACACCCAAAGUAGUUUCUGAACCAGAUCCAGCCACGGGGCUCUACAACCCCUUCCCUUCCUACCCUUUUGCCGGCGACCUGAGGCCCGUCUACCCGCUGUCCCCCCGGAGAACUGUCCCCAAGUCCAUCCCUCACCCCGACUACGCCAAGGAUGGCAUUCCCCGAUCCGAGCAGAAGUUUGUUGGUCGCCACAACAUCACUAUCCUGAACAAAGAGGAGCAGGAGGGUAUGCGCAAAGUGUGUCGCUUGGCUCGUGAGGUUCUGGACAUUGCUGCGCGGGAGAUCAAGCCCGGUGUCACAACCGACUACAUUGAUGAGGUGGUUCACAAGGCCUGCGUUGAGCGUGAUUCCUACCCCUCGCCGCUCAACUACGUCAAUUUCCCCAAGUCGGUAUGUACCUCGAUCAACGAGAUUAUUUGUCACGGCAUCCCCGAUCAGCGCCCCUUGGAGGACGGCGACAUUGUCAACAUCGACGUGACCCUGUACCACAACGGCUUCCACGGCGAUAUCAACGAGACCUACUACGUCGGUGACAAGGCCAAGGCCAACCCGGACGCCGUGCGAGUCGUGGAGACCGCGCGAGAGUGCUUGGACCAGUCCAUCGCGCUGGUCAAGCCCGGCAUGCUGUUCCGAGACCCCGGUAAUGUGAUCGAGAAGCACGCCAAGUCCCGCGACUGCAGUGUGGUCAAGAGUUAUUGUGGUCACGGUAUCAACCAGCUCUUCCACUGCGCUCCCAACGUUCCCCACUACGCAAAGAACAAGGCGGUCGGCACGGCCAAGCCCGGCAUGUGCUUCACCAUCGAGCCGAUGAUCAACCUGGGCACUCACCGCGACCGCACGUGGCCGGAUGACUGGACCAGCUCCACUGCCGAUGGCAAGCUGUCGGCUCAGUUUGAGCACACGCUGCUGGUGACGGAGGAUGGCGUGGAGGUUCUGACCGCUCGCCUGCCGGACUCGCCUGGUGGUCCCAUUCCCAUUCCCGUGGCUGAGGAACCCAAGACAGAUGCAUAAGAUUUCUUGUUGCCAGAGAGACGAGAUAGAGUAGAGCAUUCAUGAAGAGAUUCCGUAACGUCCUUGUCAACGAUUUGGUGUAUUUUUUGUCCUUCGAUUUUGGCGUCACUCCUUUGGAACUGUAAUAUUUAGAAGACAUGCAUAGCCACAACUAUUAUGAUCGGGCUUUCCUCUA